AUGAGAAGGGAAGAGCAUGGCAUGGAGGAGAGCAGGGGUCCCCUUGGGGUGCCCCCUUGGGCAGCACCCCAUGGGGUCUUCUUCGAGCACUGGUCUCUUGGUCUUCCUUUGGGACUGUUGUCUUGGGCUCCUUAUGGGCUUGAUGACUUGGGCUUCAAGACGAUGUGGGCCUCUCUUGAUUCGUUGGGUCUGGCCCAGUUAACUUCAUCCCGUGUCAAUGACACUCUUCUCCGCAUCGACGCCAUCAUAGAGAGAGGUAAUUGCAUUGAUGGCGCUGAGAAAGCUCUCCAAAUUGAAGAUUUUGAAUCGACUGUUAAAUACAUCCAGACCUUCCUCCAGAUCGAUGCCAAAUACAGAGAUUCUGGUUCGGAUCAGAGAGAACUGUAUCUAGCAUCGAAGAAACAGCUAGAAGGAAUUGUCAGGAAGAGGUUAUCGGCUGCUGUGGGUUUGAAUUCGAGCAGGAAUCAAUCUAGCAACAGCAAUCCUCUGCCGCUGCUACUAAAUCAAAAUCAAGUGAACUUUGUUGCUUGUUUGAAGAAUUUGUUCAAAGACAUUGUGUUAGCCAUAGAAGAAAAUAAUGAGAUUUUGAGGAGUAAUCUAUAUGGUGAAGCUGGAAUUGUGUAUGCCAUAUGUGAGCUCCAAGAUGAGUGUGAUUCUCGGGGUUCCUUAAUUUUAAAGAAAUACAUGGAAUAUCAAAAAUUGGUUAAGUUGACAUUCGAAAUUAAUACUUCCAAGGGUAACUUACUUUCUGUUGGAGUCCAAGGACCUGAACCAAGGGAUAUCGAAUUGUAUUUGGAAGAGAUUUUGCAAUUGAAACAGUUGGGUAAGGACUACACUAAUUAUAUAGUGUCCAAGAUAAGGGGUUUGAGUUCAGUUGAUCAGGAAUUGCUUCCCCGAGCAACCAGAGCUUUUAGGAGUGGAAAUUUCAGUAAAUUUGUUCAGGACAUUACAUGUUAA